AUCACGUGUGCGGAAUACACGCAGUUCUACGGGGGCAAGAAAGCAGACCUUCCACGAAUAAACUUUAGACGUUUAUCAUUUGAUCACUGCAGUUUGUCUCUGCAGCCAUUUGAAUACCCAGUUUGCACACCAGAUGGGACAGUCUUUGACAUACUGAGCAUUGUUCCUUGGAUAAAGAAAUAUGGAACUAAUCCAAUCACAGGAGAAAAACUAGAUGCCAAAUCACUUAUAAAGCUGAAUUUUGCUAAAAACAGUGAAGGUAAAUACCACUGUCCAGUGCUGUUUACUGUAUUCACCAAUAACUCCCAUAUUGUGGCUAUCAAGACAACUGGAAAUGUGUUUGCCUAUGAGGCAGUGGAGCAGCUGAACAUAAAACCAAAGAGCUACAAGGAUCUUUUGACAGAUGAGCCCUUCACUCGGCAAGACAUUGUGACACUGCAGGAUCCAACAAACCUGGAUAAGUUCAAUGUCUCAAACUUCUUUCACGUUAAGAACAACAUAAAAGUAAUUGAUCCAGAUGAAGAAAAAGCAAAAUUAGAUCCAUCGUACUAUUUGAAAAAUACAAAUACAGAGACCCGAGAGACUUUACUGGAGCUUUAUAAGGAGUUCAAAGGCGAUGAUAUUCUAGCAGCUACUAUGAAGGCUCCUGAAAAGAAGAAAGUGGAUAAGCUGAACGCAGCUCACUAUUCCACUGGAGCAGUAAGUGCUUCCUUCACCUCCACUGCAAUGGUGCCUGAAACUAUCCACGAAGCAGCUGCUAUUGAAGAAGAUGUUGUGAGAUACAACUACGUGAAGAAGAAGGGCUAUGUGCGACUUCACACUAAUAAAGGAGACCUAAACUUGGAGCUGCACUGUGAUAUGACACCCCGAACAUGUGAAAACUUUAUCAAAUUGUGCAAGAAGAACUAUUAUGAUGGAACAAUUUUCCACAGAUCAAUUCGUAAUUUUGUGAUCCAAGGAGGUGAUCCGACUGGAACAGGAACAGGAGGAGAAUCUUACUGGGGAAAACCUUUCAAAGAUGAAUUUAAGCCCAAUUUGUCCCACACGGGACGUGGUGUUCUUAGUAUGGCCAAUUCAGGACCCAACACAAAUAAAUCGCAGUUCUUCAUCACAUUCCGCUCUUGUGCAUAUCUGGACAAGAAGCAUACGGUUUUUGGAAGGGUGGUUGGUGGCUUUGAGACCCUGACUGCUAUGGAGAAUGUGGAAAGUGACCCCAAAACAGACCGUCCCAAGGAGGAAAUACGAAUUCAGACGACGACCGUUUUUGUUGAUCCAUAUGAAGAGGCAGAUGCCCAGGUUGCUGCAGAAAGAGAGAAAGUCCAGCUAGAAGAAGAAGCAGCCAAAACAAAAGUGGAGGUGGUCCCACCAAAGAAAGAGGUCGAGACUCCUAAAACUUACCGGCAGGGGAUUGGAAAAUACAUUAACAUGGCUGCAGCGAAGCGCAGCAUGGAAGAUGACGGGCCCUCAACCAGCACAGCUGCGAAGAAAGAGAAAAAGAGCACAGGCUUCGGGGACUUCAGCUCCUGGUAGCAGCAUGGGGAGCCUAGCACUGGAGCAGCACAGCAAAAAAGAGAAGCCGGCCUCCCACGUGUCCCCGAAGAGCCCGAAAGACAGCCUGUCCUGGGGAGAGAAGGCACCAGCCUCCCUUCCCCUGGGGAAGAAAACUGUUGCUUUGUUAAGGCUGGUUAAUGUGGCUUUGUUUUCUAGAGAGCUGCGUUCCCCCCACUGCAUCUUCCUCGAAGGCCUUUUUGUUGUUGUUUUGCGAAGCGGGGAGCAGGCAGCCCAGCUCCGAUGGGGAUUAGCUGGAGCCUUUCUCUGCUUGGCUGGCAGCAGACCAGGCAGAGCCCAGCCUUGCAGGACGCUGCUUCAGUGAACAGCUACGAUGGUGAAAGAACUCCUUUUACAGGUAAUCGUUUCCAGACGAGCCAAGUCUGCCAAGCGAAGGAAUGAAUUAAUGUGCUGGGGAAGUGCCUGUGCUGCUGUAGCGCUUUGUGGAGGGGAGGAGAGGGCUUCAGCCUGUCCUGCCCUUCCCUCCCAGCUGCCUUUUGCUAGUUCUCAACAAGGACCAGUCUUCUCUCUUGCUUUUUGCGGGCCUGCCUCCUGGCUGGACUGACUGUUGUCAGUCUCUGUAGGGCCUCGCUCACUCCAAAAUGAGCUCUCUCUGUACCCAUUUAAAUCUCUGACAGCCUGGGAAGCAGUGGAUCUAGAUGGGGAGCCUGGGGUAGCUGCAACGCUUGUUCCUCCCAGUGGCUGGCCUUCCCCGAGCCACUGGGCAGCCAGAGGGGCCAGGAUGCACCAGUUCAAACCUGCCUUCAGGUCCCAGAAGCUACAGCCUGAAGCAACUGAGCAGGAAUAGAAACUUUGUAGAAGUUUCUCCUUUAUAGAAUUUUUUUUAAUAGAAACUGCUUUUUUAUUUUACACAAUCCCAAAAGCCUGCUCCUUGCAGGGGAGCGUACACCGUGGUCUGCCCUGACAUCAGUCCUCCCAUCAUUAGGGAAAACCAUGUAAUAUAGCUGCCAGGCAUCUCAGAUAUUUCCGUUGCAUACCCACAAAUUAUUAGGAAGCUUAAUAAAGGCCUUAUGGGAUAAAGAUGUAUCAGCCUGAGAAGUUUUGAUGUUUUAAUCCAAAAACCUAUGUGUGUUACCAACACUUAGACAUAGCAGGCUAGAUCCUGAACAUUCCUUUUCAGUUCAUCUUGGGCCUUUUCAGAUGACAGGAAUACCUUCCCUACCUCUCUACGUGGCUGAGGAGAUAGUUUUGUAAUCAGCUUUGUAACAAUACAUUUAUAUUGGUGGUUUCUUGUUUUAAGAGAAGAUUCCCUUUAUAUGAAAUUGCUGUAAAGACUUUUGGUAAAAUGUUUUGCAUUAAAUGCUUUUAUUUUCUUUUGAAUGCUUGCCUUUGACUGUUCAACUGUCAUUUCCAAGAUCAUGGCAUUGCAAAGUUGACUGUUGUACAAGGAAAUGAUUCAUUCCUAUUUUUUAAGAUGCUCAUACGGAACUCUGGGAUCUUUGCGGAUAUGAUUAUAUCUUUGUUAAAUCAUAGGAAGUUCAAACUAGUCUGAAAGAAUAAUAGGGAUUUUUUGUUUUGCA